AUGCGCGUAAAGCUCAAAGGAUAUGACGCUCGCGACGGCGACGGCUGCUUUGCAGCUUUGGUGAUUUGGAAGACUGCUCGACCAGGUAUCCAAGGGGCCAUCAGUCCGCAUUGCAAGCACUCACACAUCGAUGAGCAGAACGAAGGAAAGUCGUCCCUCAUCUCACUUUGUCUUGUGCAAUUCGCAUCCAGAUUGCGCUACACUGAGCUGAAGACUCGGCCGAUCUUUUACAACACACCGGUGGCAAUAACGCCCAGGUUGGGGGAAGCCGCCGCUAGAAAGACGGCGACCAUGCCUGCAGCUACCAGUCCUGGUCUUAGCACACAUACGCAGAUCACUAUUGGGAUCAUCAUUCCCGUGAUCGCGCUUGUAGGCGGCGUCAGCUUUUUCUUCUGCUUGCCUCCUACUCGAUUCGCGAGGAUCAGUAGCUAUCUGCACAACGAUCACGACAAGGCCAUUGAGGUGUCCCGGAAUGAUAGCGUCCUGAACGAUGUCGAAUCACAUCCAGCGAAAAGUACGAGUCUCGCGCCAAAGGCGUACAUGCCAAAGGGUUUCCAUGAGUUGUCAGAUACUGGAAAGUGCGAGCUGCAAAAACUGGAGAAACUGGGUGAACUUCAGGCUCACGACUCGCCGGCAGAGGUGCCUUCCACGCCGGUAGAUCGUACCUCAAGGGCGGGCGACAAACUCGAUGGCGUGGAAAGCGUAAGCCCAAUAAUGCGCCAGAGCUACGAGCUCGAUGCCAGCAACCAGACUGACGAGCCCAAGAUGAGCGAAAAGCGCAUGUCAUAUCAACGUCGCGCCUCUAUUCCCUUUCGAUCGUCCUUGAGAUCGAACAUCUUCGCCUCUCGCAAGCCGUCCAGCAAGUGCAGCAAAGAAGCUCCUUCAUCCGUAUCCAGUGAAGCCGCCAAAGACCGCGCGAGCGUGGACUCAUCUGCACCACGCCAUAGCUCCAACAUCGAGUACUUGAAGGACGGCACAGACCUCAACAACAAAGAAGUGGUAAAUACAACCACUCGAAGCGAAGGUUCAUUCGAAGAUGCCUCCAGGGGCCACUACUCGCCGACCGUCUCGGACAUCUCCAGACUCAACGAUCGGAACAGCACUCUCUCCGCCAUCCCAAGUGACUACCAGGACAGGAAUAGCCAUUGCUUCUCGGAGGCAAGUGUCGGCAUCGCAGAGAUCGCUGAACUGAGUGAUCGCAACAGCAAAAUAUAUCAUACAGAAUCCAGCUGCCUGCAGUCACCCAUCAGCGAACGCUUCUCAGACUCCCCACCAUCCUGGAUGAAGCGCCUGAGCAACGACAAAAGCCAAAGAUGCAGUAUGGGUACCGACGAGAAGUUGAACGAAGCUGGUUCGUUAGAAGGCGAAGCAGGUGGCGACAAAUGGCAUCGUGAUAGUGAGCAGAAUCCUUCGAGCCCCAAUACGAACGAGAAAAAUACCGCCCUCCACCUCUCAGCAGCAUCUUCAGCACAGCGCCAGAGGUCCAGAUCAAGGCCGAGGCGCAAGCCAGUGGAGGUAGAGGAGGAGGCGAGUCCUGAGUAUGAUGAUGUAGAAGAAAGACAAGCGGAACAAGAUGCGUUUGAUAUUGUAGAGGCUGCGAGCCCGACUCUGACGAAUUUCAGAGUUUGA